AUGGAAUCAAGAGUUUUAGACUAAAAAGUGCAUUACUUUGAGCAUCUGUCUGUCGAAAAGUUUGAAGAGUAUUUUAGAGGCGCUUACCAUUAUGUGGUGAAUAUAGUAUUUGAUAGAGUUUUAAGCUUAGUUAAAUUAAGAUAUUUCAAAGAUGAAAUACUAUUAAUCUCUGAAUCGCUACUUUAAUCCUACUAUUUAUUUGUUCACGAUUCAACUUAUGCAGAAUUUUUUUUUGACUUAAAAAGGUUUACUCUUGAUGGAGAAAGUCCAUCUAAAAAAUCUAAAAUAUUUGCAGUUUUAAUUUAGACAUUAGUGCCAUACAUAAAAGCAAAGCUAGAUAGGAUAUUUAACGACAUUAAAGCAAAAUUAGCUAACCAUGAUAUAUUGAGUAAAAAAUAGGAGAUAUUUAGAUAAGCAUAUCCUACAUUAGUUACGAUAUUUCGUGCAAUAAAUAUAAUUUUGAAUGCAAAAUAUCUUCUCAAUCCUCAAUCAAAGUUUUACAACUUAGAUUAUUACUUGGUUAAAAACAAUCUCAGCAGAAAGCCUCCUUAAAAUUAAUAAUAAAGUAAUUCUUAAAGUUCUUUUGGAAACUUUGCAGAUUUCAUGAGGAGAUACUCAAUUUUUAUGCUAUACUUGGGAUUACAAGGAUUCGAUUGGUAUUUUAGGUCUUCACAAUAAAGAGGAUAAUAAAAUGCUAAAAAUAUUAGUUACAAUGAAAGUAUUCCUCCUCCUAUUUAAUUAUCUGCUUAAUAGCAAAGAGCUUCUUAAUAAUCAUAAAACUUCUGUAUUUUAUGUAAAGGAAAAUUGAGAAAUCCAAGCGUAUUAAACUCUUCAGGAUAUGUAUUCUGCUAUAGUUGUAUAACAGAGUUUGUUAAAAAUAAUAAAAAAUGUCCUGUUACUAAUAUAAAAAGUGAUUAAAAUAUGGUCAUAAAGCUGUUUAUAUAAAAUUGA